AUGGAAAAUCUUCUGUAUCGACCACCUCAAAGUAACUAUUCAGAAAUCACUGACCAAGAUGAUAAAACUGUAAGUGACCAAAAUGCACUACAAAGAAAUGUUAAAAAAACAUUGUUUUAUAUUAUUAUAGCAACUGUUGUUUUUAUUCCUAUUUGUGUUUCAUUUAAUAUUGCAACUAGACCACAUUCAUAUACAUGUUCUGCUUCAAAUAACAAAUUAUUUACAAAAUAUAUUGGACCUAUGUCAGUUGAUAACACAAGUUUAAUCUUACCGAUGUAUGGAAUUAUAACUUUAAAAGGAACCUUCGUAAAUAAAAAAAGAAUUCCCUUAAGUGUUAAUGUUUUUUCUAUAGGAGAUGAUGGCAAAAGAGUGGAUAAAGGAAUUAGGUAUGACACCUCUUCGAUUCAAGUUCCAGAAAAUGAUUGUCAAUCUUCAGGGAUUUAUUUCACUCAAUUUGAAAUUUGUAAAACACUUCGAUUUACUCUUGCAGCAAAUAAAACAAAUGUAAAGAAAAGAAAUGCUGAAGAAAUUAUUAUUGAUAAAGUGAUGAUUGAGAUUGAGUCUCCCCCUUCAAUUGAUCAAGACCAAUGUACUUUAGGAAUUGAAUAUAUACUAAUUGAUAAUACAAAAAAUUCUACAGAGUAUCAUCAUUAUCCUGACCCUACAAAAUCUUCUUGUAUUGGAAUAGAAAAUACUUAUUUUUAUGCAAUUACAUCAAAUAAGUCUCAAAGUCAAUAUGUAAUGUUCAGUAAAAAUAUUAAAGAUUCACCUAAUCUAUAUCCAACAACAAUUGGGUGUGAUAUACCUCAUGAAACGUUUACAUAUAAUCUUACAUCACGAUGUCCUGGUUGUUUUAUAACUUUUAGUUCAUAUUUUAUUGAUCCUUUUUGGGAAACACCAGUAUUUGCUAAUAAUCAUACAACAAAAAUGUAUUUCACAGAAUUGGUUGAUUUGAUUGGCUUCAAUUCAUACUCAUUCAUUCAUCCAAAUUCUGAAUAUUCCCAUAUCAUAUAUCCUUAUAUUUUUUUGUCUCCACCGAAAUAA